AAUGCCCCUCUUCCAGUGGAAAGCCUAAUCACGCAGAUAUCCUGCUUGUAAACUUACAGUAUGUUUCAGAAGUGGAAAUAAUUAAUGACCGCACGGAAACGCCUCCUCCUUUAGCCUCGCUCAAUGUUAGCAAGCUUGCCAACAAAGCACGGACGGAGAAGGAAGAGAAGAUGAGCCAGGCGUAUGCAAUUAGUGCUGGUGUCUCUCUGGAGGGGCAGCAGCUCUUCCAGACUAUACAUAAGACCAUUAAAGACUGUAAAUGGCAGGAGAAGAACAUAGUUGUGAUGGAAGAAGUCGUUAUCGCCCCUCCCUAUCAAGUGGAAAACUGUAAAGGCAAAGAGGGAAGCGCGCUGAGUCACGUACGCAAAAUAGUGAGUACGGGCAAGGGCGGGGGGGGUCUGGUGGCACCGGGGCUGCCGGGAGG